AUUUUUCUAUAUUUCGCGCUUGGCUUAACGUUUUGCCGCUCGGUGUUCUGCAAUUUGUCUAAGAUUUCUGCAAUUAUUUGCAUACAAAUUGCUGGUAAAUAGUGCACUUAUUCGCCGCAAGCGUUGCUAACUUCAGAAAUGAUGACGUCGCUGCAGCUGGAUACGUCAUUGCCGGCGGUGGAGGAGCAAGAGAGGCGGAUGGAAAAGGACACUGAGCCCGCGGUGGACACGGACACCCACACGGCGUCCACAACGCCCACUCGCAUUCCACAUCCUUCGGUGGCCCACUUCCGCCGUUCCGCCUCCCUGCGCCUGCGCGGGAACCCACCUCCGGAGCUGGGUCUACGGCCUGAGCACUGUCCAGCCGGCGGAGGCGGAUUCAGUUCGCGCGCCAAGCUCUCGGCGAUCCCAUCCAGCCUUAAAUCGCGUUCGCACCCGGUCCAUUUGAGGCGUAAUCGCAGCUGGAGCAAUUUAGGCCACAAAACGGAGCAGGAACCGGAAGUGAAGGCUUCCACGGAGGCGGCACCGGAAUCGGAGUCCUCGGGCCAUGCACUAUGCAACGCCACCCAAUGUCUGUCCCUGGCUGAGGAUAAGGAAAUGACGAACUGCAACAUGGCCAACGGAAAACCGCGAAAUCUGUCUCUCAAGUUGAACGGCGGCAGUGACAUCAGCAGCAGUGGCACCUCCUGCACCAAGGAGUCCUCUCCCAGGACCAGGACGACGACCCAUACGCCACAGACGCCCCAAACGCCGGCAACCGGAGGAGGAUUAGGAGUGGGAUCCACAGAAGAGACGCCACCAGCAUCACACAGCUGCAUUCGCCAGGGAAACUGCGUCAAGGCUGCGAAGGGGAAGCUGUCCACUCUCCACGAGUCCAAGAUUUCACCCCGAACGCCGCCAGUCACUCCGGAUUCACCCAGUACCUAUCUGGACGAUGAUCUAGACUCGAUGUACUCGUUCGCCACCACCACCUCGGGUCGCUCCACCAUGUCCUGCGAGCAUCCCUAUGUGGCCAGAAACGGCACCACAUUCAGUGGUCGCAAGAUGAAGUACGUGGUGCACUGCUCCAACUACGCGGGUCAGGUGGGACCCGACUAUCUCACGCCCACGCAGCGGGCCCAGCGCCAGAUCCGGCGGCUCAAGGAGCUGCUGUGCAUCGCCCGGCAGGAUCUGGAGCAGAAGGAUACGGAGCUACUGCGUCUGACGCGCGAGGUGGUGGAGCUGCGCCUGUUCAAGGCAUCGCUCAGUUCGCCGGAGGAGCGCUCGGCCUCAUCGGAUGCGGUCACGGUGCGCGAGGCGGAGCUGAAGACCUCGCAGGAUGUGUCGCCCAUCGUGGACAUGGUGGACGAGGGCAACUCAAAGGGCAGUCCCAGGCAUCUCAGCCGGCAGCCGAAUCCCUCCCUGCAACAUCAGCAAUUGCAGGCCAUGCAGAUGUCGGCGGAGAUGCAGAGCUCCUAUGCGGACUCCGGCCAUUUUGAGGAUCUGACCAUGUCAUCGGUGCACUCAAAGGACUCGCAGACUCAAAGUGAGGCAUGUGGCACAUCCACACCGGAUGGCGAUCAGGAGGGACUGGCCUGCGGUGGCGGGGAUGCGGCCAGCAAUCUGGAGAACUACGAGCUGCAGCGUCAGGAACUGAUACGCAUGUACGAGCACCGCAUAGAGGAGCUCAUCCGGAGUCAGGACAGCGCCACCAGCGAUCUGAAGAGAUCACACAACGACAAGGUGGAGGCACUGCUCCAGAAGCUGGCCGAAUGCAACACUCGCUAUUCGGACAUGGUGCCCGACUACGAGCAGGCCAAACAGCGCAUCCGGGAGCUGGAGAAGCAGCUGGAGGAUCUGCAGAGGAAGCUGGUCGAGCACGAGGAGAAGCAGAACAAGAUGUACCUGCACAUGUACCAGCAGGGACAGGAGGCGGAGCGCAUUUCUAGAGCGGAUCAGGCCCUGGAUUUGGCCCAGCGUCAGCCGGAGAGCAAGGUGUCCAUCAAUGAGCUGCUCCACCAGCUGCAGAGCACCCAGGACGAAUUGGAGAACAUACGCGCAUCUGAGUGCAGAAUGAGAGAGUGCGGCAGUAAUCAUGCACUCCUUACUGCAAAAGAGGCGAUUUCUUUGUGGGUACUUGGCGCGCGUAAGACCAUAUAUCGUCGCCUGCUGGAGGCCCAGAAGAAUCGCACCCAUGUGGAUCCCGAGGUUACGCUGCAAUUCCUGAAGAGCGCUAUCUUCUACUUCCUGACGGACAAGGAGAAUUCCCAGGGCCAUCUGCAGGCCAUCGAGAGCAUCCUUGAGUUCACGGACGCCGAGAAGCAGAAGAUCAGUGCUGCCACCCGAACGCCAAAGUGAGGUCCCCGAUCAUCGUUAACCAUUGCGUAUACUUAUUAUUAAAACCUAGAUUGAAAGCAAAAGUCAGCAGAACGAUGUCUAAGAUUUUGGUUCGCGCCAAAGUCCAUUGUUCUCACUAUUGGUCUUAAUGUUUAGCCGGCGAUUUUAAUUGCAAUUUUAUUUUUUUCUCGGAAUAAUUUUGUUAAAUUAUGGAGGCGCCCUAUUCUCAUUCUUUGGCAACGAAAUGUAUAAAUUUUCCUAUAAGUUAAUUUCGAUUUACGUAUUUUUUCGGUCUAAGGCUUAAGGCAUACUAGUACGUCCUUUAUAAUAAUACGAAAAAUCAUAAGAGAAAUACAAUUUUACAAAGUCUACGUAGUUUUUGUAGAUCUAGCUAAUCAAGUGAGAAUAACACCAUCCAGUUUUGGUCGUUUCUGUGGAGUUUUAAUGGCAAAUAAA